CCAGGAGAAGGAGAUAUGCCUGAGUGAAGCACACCUUCAUCACCAAUUCAAGUAAACUCUUCGGCAACAUCACCACAUCGGAUCCAUCAACUUCACAGGCUAAAAAUGCCACUUUUUGGCUGGAUGAAAUGGCCAAAACACAAUUCCUACAAAUCCACACGCUACCCUGACUCAGAAGUAGUGACAAAGACUCUGCUUCGGGAAUUAAAAUGGCAUCUAAAGGAACGAGAGAGAUUAAUACAAGAGAUCGAAAGUGAGCAAAAAGUGAAAAGAACAGGUGUGGAUUACAAUUGGCUGAGAAACUAUCAGAAUCCCCACGCAACCAUCCCAGCUACUGAACAAAGACAACUUGAAGUUCUUUGCUCACAGGUUCAACCUUGUCAAACUGGAGCUAUUCUCAGCAGAUUUCGAGAAGUUCUGGCAGAAAAUGAUGUACUGCCAUGGGAAAUUGUCUACAUCUUCAAGCAAGUUCUGAAGGACUUCUUAAGUAGUACUGACAAAGGCAGUCAGCAAGGAGGCGUGGAAGAGUCACAGAGCGCAGCCUGUCCUGUUCGCUCCAUGAUCCCAGGAGAAAGCGCCAAGAGUCCAGACAAGGAUGAAAUACCCACUAUUUCAAGUUACGUAGACAAAAACACAAAGAACAGGUUCCCAACAUUCUCACAUACGAUAUGGAACCUACCAUAUUAUUACCCAUCAAGUUAA